CGGUAAACUCGCCCAAAUUGAUAUCUUCAUAACCACAAGCUAUUCAAGCAUCAUUUAAGCGUAAAAUUUAUAAACAAAAAAAUGAUAAAUAUGUUAAAACAUGUUUCUCUUUUAUUUUUUUAUUUUUUCACUUUUCUUCGAAUAAAGUCUGCCAAAACAUUACAAAGGGUUUGAUCUUUGGAGGAAAAGGUGUACCAAUACGACGCCGAGGAAUAACACACGCAUCGCAUACACGCAAAACGGGACCAUAGCACGACGAUACGCGAGGGGAAUUGAAACUGUAGGAUCUUCCGCAUAACCUCGACCUCAUCGGAGACGAUUAAUUCAUCGCCGGAUGAACUACGAAGUCGCGCGUCGCUGAGCCUGGGCCAUCGCCUCUUGUAAAAGAUGUCUUUGACAUUUCAACAAAUUAUAUUAGAUGCCAAAAAAUUAGUCAUUCGAAUCUCGGACCAUGAAAAUACAGCAGAUACUCUGAUAAGUGAAGUAGAGGCUGUAUGUGGACAAAUAGAUAACAUGAAGCAGUAUCAAGAGGAAGUAGAAAUUUUAAAUACAGAAGCUAAGCAAAGACCACAUUUGCAAUUAAUUGCUGGAAUCCAAAGAGAAAACAAACAUUUGCGAGAAAUACAGGCAGAAAAUAAAGAAUUGAGAAGUGCAUUAGAAGAUAAUCAACAUGCACUCGAGUUGAUAAUGUCCAAAUAUCGACAACAAAUGGCCUCUUUAUUACGUCUUAAUAAAACUGAUUUUUCAUCAUUGUACAAUUCAAAAUAUGCCAAUAUAAUAACCAGUCAAGCAGAAAAAAUUAAUGAAAUGGCAGCUGUAAUGAAAACAGCUGCUGCCUUAGACGAGGAAAAUGAAUUAAAAGAAAAGGAAGCAUUCCAUUCUUUAAAAGAGGAAAAUGCCACGCUUCGAGAAAUAGUAAAUAUUGCAAAUAAAUAUGAUUCCCUAAACAAACAGUGUUCUGUAGAAAACAAAAUUGUUCAAACGGAAUUGCCAAUAGAUUAAAAAAAUUCGGUCUUAGAUUCUUUGAGCCUUUUUAUAAGAAGUUGGCAAUAUUUAUUUCACAAAAUUUCAUGACGUAUAUAUUAUUAUUAAA